GUAAAAGGUUAGGAAACUAGAAAACUCUUAUUCAGAUGUCGGAAACAUCAACAGAGUAUUAAGAGCGAUCGAGAUUUUGAAGACUAAAAAAAACUUCUUCUUCUCCGUCAACAUAUUGCAAAUUUGAAGAUGAAGGACAGAGAGGAAUCUUCCGGUUCGUCAAGAUCAACAAACAACCCUAAUGGUGAAGACGAACCUAGAGAAAUCAAUAUCCGACCAUUCUCUUCUGUUCCUUCUUCUCCUCGAAACGCUUCUUCUAAGUACGAUUUCGUCAAGGUGAAGGUAUGGCUUGGAGAUGCCGAUCACUACUAUGUCCUGUCUCGGUUCUUAGUCUGCAGAAUGUUAACUGUAACUAAGAUCCCAAAUCAUGUAGCCGUAAAGAUUUCUCUUGAACUCAAGAAGCUUCUGAUUGAUAACAGCCUUCUGGAUGUGUCUCAGUCCGAUUUGGAAACCAGUUUGUUUAAGCUUAUGGAGCGACGUGGUUACGGGGAGGAGUACAUUAAUCGCUACAAUAUGAUGACAAAGUUUCAUCAUCAGAGAGUACCUCUUGUCAUACUUGUUUGUGGAACAGCCUGUGUCGGGAAGUCUACAAUAGCUACACAACUUGCUCAAAGACUAAAUUUACCAAACGUUUUACAUACUGACAUGGUAUAUGAGCUGCUUCGCACAGCAACUGAUGCUCCGUUGACAUCAACCCCUGUGUGGACUCGAGAAUUCGGCUCGUCAGAGGAGUUGAUAACCGAAUUCUGUAGAGAAUGCAGAAUUGUUCGAAAAGGACUUGCUGGUGAUUUAAAGAAAGCAAUGAAAGAUGGGAAACCUAUUAUAAUUGAGGGAAGACAUUUAGAUCCAAGCAUAUACUUAAUGAAUGAUGAGAACAAAGCUCCAUCUAAUGAUCCCAACAAGAGUAGCAAAGAACCAAACUCUUCAGAAGAUGUAACCUCGGACAAAAAUCCCGAGGCAGGUUCUUCAAACACUAAAGAAACCGACAAUAAUCCUACGAAACCACCCCAUUCUCAGGCUGAAGCCAUGACAUCUGUGGAACAAGUAUCAGAGAAAGUUACACAGUGUAAAAUCGAUGGUGUGUGUGCAGCCGAAACUUCAAAAGAAGCUGAAAAGAAAAGAAAAUCUGCAGACGGAAGUGGAAAGGCGAAAUCUGGCCCUGAACCAAUAGUCAUAUCUAUUGUUCUAAAGAUGGCUGAAUUCGAUCAUAAGGCUUUGCUAGAGGAGUGGAUCUCUUCCCGUACAUCCGGAGAUAAAUAUACAUCUAAGGAGAAAGAUAGGCUAAUUACAAACCUAAAGACCAUUGAAGACUACCUUUGUUCCUUCAAUUCACAGGGAGUGACAGUUGUGAAUAUAUCGGCCACUACAUUCCCGCAGACACUGGACUGGCUUCACAACUAUCUUCUUCAGCGUAUUGAAGAAGGGAUUCGAUCAUCAGAAAAUGAGAAGCCAAAGUGAGACGCAGAAGAAUUCUCAAGGAGGCUAAAGGCAUCUUUUUCAGGAUGAAGCUUGCUACUGUAAUCUGAGAACAGGAACUUGUUAUAUAGUUGUUAAAAACAGAGUUUUUUACAGGGAAGAACUCAAUGAUAAGAAAUCAGUCAAGUGUUUUAUUAAAACUUCUUUCUUUUUGUUGAGAACAAAAUUUAUUAAUGUAUCAUCGCUCCAUUAAAC